CUUGUGUUGAGUCCAGAGCGCAAAACGCACUUCUUCUGGUGGGAUAGGGGAGCGCAAAAGCAGCAGCUCUCCGACCCUGACGCGCACACCAUCUCCGACUCUGGCGGCCCCCUGAAUCCAACUUCACAGAGCGGUAAAUAAAGAGCUUCUUAACAUCUCCCGGUGACUCCUCCAGCCAUGGACGCAUCUCGACUCGUGACGCUAUAUCUGGGCCUGCUGCUUGUUUUCCCUGGGAAUAUACCGUGUUUCCAAUCUGCUGCUAUCAUCUCUCCCUCUGCGCCGAGGAGAAACAGGGGAGCCAGGAUCUCUCAUCAGGACGGACAAAGGUCAUCCAAAUACCUGAAAGACAUCUUUACGUCUUCGCAUCCUAUCGUUGGCCAUCACAAAGAAGACCUGAAGGACGCUAUUGUGCCACAUGAAUACAUGCUCUCCAUAUACAGGACAUACUCGGCUGCAGAGAAGCUCGGACUAAACGCAAGCUUUUUCCGCUCUUCUAAAUCUGCCAACACCAUAACAAGUUUUGUGGACAGAGGAACAGACGAUCUUUUGCACUCUCCUCUGCGAAGACAAAAGUAUCUGUUUGAUGUCUCAACCCUUUCAGACAAAGAGGAGCUGGUCGGGGCGGAAUUAAGGAUAUUUAGGAGAGCGCGCGGGGAUUUGAAGAGUCCCCUGCAGACCCCGGGUCUGUACGACAUCCAGCUCUACCCCUGUCGCUCCGACAGACUGCUGGACUCCAGGUCCCUUGACCCGCUGGACUCCACCAAGGCCGGCUGGGAGGUUAUGGAUGUGUGGGAAAUGUUUAAAGCACACCAGCAUCAUCACCAUCAUCACACCCAUCAGCAGGGGAACCAACUCUGCUUCCAGCUCCGCGUCACUCUCGGUAAAUCAGACACCGAGGUGGACCUGAGGCAGCUGGGGCUGGACCGGAGCGGCCGGUCCCAGCGGGAGAAGGCCAUCCUGGUGGCCUACACGCGCUCCAAGAAGAGAGAGAACCUGUUCAACGAGAUGAAGGAGAAGAUCAAGUCUCGGAGGUCGGUGGUCGACAAGGAGGAGGAGGUGGUGGCGGUGAAGGCGGCAGCGGAGGAGGGGGUGUCGCUGAGGGGAGUGAAAGGAGAGGGGCCCCGACGGCGGCGGAGGACGGCGCUGAGUAACCGGCACGGAAAGAGGCACGGGAAGAAGUCUAAAUCCAGGUGCAGCAAAAAGGCGCUGCACGUGAACUUCAAAGAGCUGGGCUGGGACGACUGGAUCAUCGCGCCCCUGGAUUACGAGGCGUACCACUGCGAGGGUGUGUGUGACUUCCCCCUCAGGUCGCACCUCGAGCCGACCAACCACGCCAUCAUACAGACGCUCAUGAACUCCAUGGACCCCAACAGCACCCCGCCCAGCUGCUGCGUCCCCACCAAACUCAGCCCCAUCAGCAUCCUGUACAUAGACUCAGGGAACAACGUGGUGUACAAACAGUAUGAGGACAUGGUGGUGGAGCAGUGCGGGUGCAGGUAGCGGCCCUUUAGUUCAUAAAAAACUUUAAAAGACUUCACAUCAAAUAUGAGUCUUGAUGGGUCCCUGCAGAGAGCUGAAGCCCUCAACGGUCUGAAAUGCUUUGACGCGAAGGUGAUUUCUGCUAUUUAUUCAGACUCAGCACAGUCACAAUAAUUCACACUCUUUGCCUUAAAGUGUUACGCCUUCAUUCCGAUCCACGCAACAGGUCAGCGCUCAUCAAACAGGCUUUUGUUUCCCAGAGUGAGACGUGUCCAUAUGGCACAGGGACUGGGUACGAGGCGGGAUGGGAGCCUGUUGUGAUGGGAGCCCGGCUGUGCACCUGUUCGUGCCGAGAGCAGAGGACAGCGCUCUGCCUGUCAGCGCUUUGUUGCAGCUCUGCCGUGUGAUCUUGCCUGCCAGGCCGGACUCUUUUGGGUCUGUGCAUCCAGGCCGUAAUUGCCACCGUCCAGCUGGAGUCAUUACAGACCCGAGCAAGUGCUUGUUUCCCAAAAAAAAGGGGGUGCAUAUGUCAUACCAAACACGCACACACACACAAACAUGGACUGUUCUGAGCAGAGGAGAUAAAAUGGUGGUGACAGUAAUGCCGUCAAGAGAUUGUUUUGCCUUACUGGAGACCAGUGGACAGAAAGGACACACAGAAAGACUCGUGCCUGACUGGGCUCCCGUUGUUUAAAAAAAUAAGCACAUAACUGAGGCGAACUUUUUGCUCAAAAGUCAGCAUCUUUACGAAAUGCACUUCCACAACUGACUGCGCGAAGGACACGCAGGUCAGGCAGAGAGUCCAUCUUUCUGAUGACGAAAAUAUAAGAGAAAGACUCGCGAACGAGACGAUAUUUAAAUGCACAUUAGCUUUGAAUGCACUGCUGUUCAUUAUUUUUUUGAGUUGUAAAUAUUUGUACAGGAAUACUUUACAAAGUGCAACGAAUAGAGAAAUGAGAAAACGGCAUUUCUUUGUAAAUAUACAAAAUGCACUCAAAUCGGUAUAAUUUCUAUUCUAUAAUUAUUUUAUUAUUUGUGAUGUACAGAGUUUCAUGAUAAUCAUAUAUUUCGUACAUUGAUAAGAGUAAUUUAAGGUGUAUUCAGUUUUUUUUCGCAGAGGGUGGAAAUACCAUUAUUAAUGUCUACCUCAUAAUUGCAUAUCGGAUCUGAGUUUUGAGGUGCAUUCAGUUAGAGUGUAAAGAGCUUUUUCAAUGAUAUAUAAGAUCAUUUAUUUACAUAUAUUACUGGAUAAUAUUCCACACCAUUACUGUACAAAUAAAAUUCAAAACAAAGUCUGGUACUUCUGAUGAUUAAUGCAA